ACCCAUAUACAUCGCAGGCUAUCGUGGUAGCAUAUUGCAUCGAGAAAUCAAUAUCAAUCGCCAUAACUUAAGAAUAUUUGGCUAUGCCUAAAGCAUUGUCGCCUCCUACCAUCGCUAUCACUGUCGCCGUUCCUGGCGUUCUCGUUUUAUUGAUACUAGGUUGCAUCCUCAAGGGUUUUCAUAUACAUUUCCACUGUCGGUGCCUUUCGUUUUCAAGGAACCAACGGCACAAAGAAGUGUUUUCGGGACCUCUGCUGGGUCCCAUUAAUUCCAGUGCGAGCAGCGCAGUGACGGUUGAGAGCACUUUCAUCGGCCAAAAUGAGAGCCAUUUCGCUACCAAAAGUGAACUCCCCUCCUCAGGACCCCAAUGUCAUAUCCUCCGAUAUCCCAUCCCCGCUCCAUAUCAUCAAGAGAACCAAGACCGUGGAGUUCCGACCCACUGAGAAAAGAGAAACAAGCAGUGGCAGUAUCGACUACGGUCCGGAUCGACCAUUGAGCGUGAUGAAGAAGCGUCAAUGCCGUGAACCGGCUGCAGAAUUCACUUUCAAUGUCGGGGACCAAACAACAAAACCCGAUAGCAUUGCCUCAACGCAACGAGAGUUAAGGUCACGGGCUCCGCUACGAUGGCUUUCAAGGCGGACUUCUUCCUCUGGCACCACCUGUCGCAGGUACGAUCCGCGGAGCUACAGCGGAUCUUCGGAUGGGUCAUCAAACCGGGGAUACAUUGACGAGGCCUCAUCAUCAUCAUCAUCAUCAGUGGAGCCUUUCGAGUCUCGUUGCUCAACUCAAACGGAUAUAGCAUUUCCGUCCAUGUUGGCGCCACCCGAGUAUACCGAUGAUUGCCAUCUCCUUGUCCCAUUUAUUUUAAUCACACCAGAGGUGAUCACGUCGAAUAACGGCAUAUCUACGGUGUGGGUGGCGAUAGAGAUUUCUUGCCGAAUCUCUCUUCCCCUUACAAGUGAUAAGCUAGCCCCCCAAUCUAAUACUAGUAAUCUUUUGUCAAAUCCUCUACGCGUGGGAAGUGUGUCCCGAUUUGGGACUAUCUAUAACUUGCAGACUGAUGUCAUUCCUCUCCCGCAGACUGCUAUAGUGAGAGUCAUAAAAGACAAUCAGAAGAAAAGUCUGAGUCUUGGCUCUAGUACACUAAUAUUGGCCAAGAUUCGAACCGAUCAGAGACGUCGGCAGCCAGACGGCGACAUCAUUCGAAAGUCUAACGAACUUAUCGCUAACAUCGAAAAUGAGCUUGGGGCUGCUAGCAUUGCAUAUGUUCGGGUUCGCUUGAGAUACAAUCACUCUGGAUUCCAUACAAUGAACCAGUCAGCUCAAACACAUGGGACAACGGACUGGCAAACCCAGCUUGAGACAACCGUAACUGGUAUCAUCAAGCGGCAAGCUUUGUCUGUGCCUUCGCGCUCAUCGUUCUUCAAUGAGAGCAAAAGUCCAUUGUUCAGACUCGUGGCCUCAUACUGGGGUCCACUCCGUGCCAGAGAGAUAUUCUCACAUAGUUCAUCUAGUCAAACGAAGUCACCAGUCAUACCCAGUAAUGCUCAGCUCAGUGGUCAACAGAACAGCACGAUAGCUAAGAGCUGCUUCGCUUUACAAAGGGCAAUGAAGCCCAACCCGACUACUCCGCUGCUUCGGAAACAACCCGGUUCUCAAGUUUCACCCUCAGACCACGAAGAAGAUCCUGCUCGUAAGAUCUGGACAGAAAUGCGUCGCAAGACAUCAAGAAGUAAAACUACCCAAAUCGGAAACGCCAACGAGACGACCACCAAAGAAGCUCCCCCAUUUCUAGGGAGGGCAUCGAUCUAUACUGGUUCCCUGAGAUUAAAGUCAGACGUAGACCGCCGCAGGCAAAUGAUACGCGACGUAGCUUUGCGGAACAAGAGGUCGAUAGGCGCAGAUAGUCUGAAGAGCUUGGUGCCGUCGCUGAUGAAUCUCGAUAUCGGCGGGAAAGAAGCUUGGGGCGAUUCCUCGUCUACGACUUCUAAUAAGGAGAAUGUUCCCCCUGAACGUAGAAAGGAAGGACGAUGGAGUAUCGCUGGGUGGUGGUAAGAAUGGACAGGGGUGUAUAGAGUAUGACCUAGAGAUAUUGAGAUGAGGUAGCUUUUUUUCAGUGGACGAGUGUUUUUAGACGCUGAAGUCAUGAGGGCUGCUUUUAUAUAAUUCAUAGCCUGGAUGCUAGUUUAUCUGUUGAGAUCGUGAAACAGCCGUUUAGUGUGCGUGAUACGACUACGUCCCUGAUUUGAUAGAUGGAUGGCCAAAUACAAUAGGCGGAUCAUGCUGGCAUUGUCAGCAAACGUAGACACACGCCCUCUUCGCGUAGAGAAUCAUCUAGUCUCCGCAACCUCUUG